AUCGCCCGUCAUUUGGAAACUAUCUAUCCAUCAAAGCUUUAUAUAUGAAUCAAACAUCGAAAGGCCUUUCAAUCUCUUCUCAUAUACUAAUUUCAUUAAUCGCUCUAGCAAUUAGGCCUCUCAACACCUUCUUUGAUCUUAAUUUUCUUCUUUUAAUUAUUAAAACAUAUCAUGGCCUCCAUUCUUUUAGCUUCAGUUGCUCCUACUGCUACCCUUACUUGCACUCCCAGGCCCAAAUGUGCCCUCAACCAACUUAGCAGCAGCUUCUCCACAAUUGGUGGGUUAAGAGUUGUGCCUAGGAUUCAAAUAAAAAAUACAGCAAGAAAAUCAUUGCCGCUCAACCGUUGCCACAAGAUUACAAUUUCAUGCUCCAGUGCUCAGGCAGAGACUCUAACAAUUGUACAGAGCACAAUUGCAAAGCAACUGUCAGUUGAUGAAAGCACUGUCACUCCCCAAACCAAAUUUGUAGAUUUGGGUGCUGACUCCCUUGACACUGUGGAAAUUAUGAUGGCUCUGGAAGAGAAAUUUGAAGUGUCAAUUGGAGAAGAGGGAGCUGCAAAUAUCGCAACUGUUCAAGACGCCGCAGAUCUGAUUGAGAAAGUCAAGGCAGCUGCAGCUUAGGCUCAAUCACCAUCAAGCCAUAAAUUUAGCAUAUACUACUACUUCAAAUUGAAGACUGUAUGCUUAGUAAAAGAGUACCGACUUGGCGAUCAAGAAUUUGUUUUGUUUUUUGUUUCAACCCAACCAGAGAUUUUGUUGUAACUCAAAGCAGUUGCCAGUUUUCCUUGAUAAGGAAUGAAGGAUGUCAAAUAACUGAAACUUUCUCUUUGUUUCAUUCUUAAUUCCAUUAAUAAAAAGAACCAUAGAUUUGGCAGACGAAGACUUGUUCGAUACCAUAUUAUGUUAGGGGACUGCAUGACUUUGUACACCAAAGGUUUAUUAAUCCUACGUGGACAUAUAA